AUGGAACCCGUGCCGGAACUCCACUCUCUUGAGGAAUUCAGAGCUUCUCCAGUACCACGAUUAAGAUUACAAGAAUCUGCUCUUUACGACAGUCAAACUCCAAUCAAGGAUCGAGAACAAUCCGGUAGACCUCCGACUCUUCGACGAACUACAGAACCAAUACCUCAAUCACCUCGUUCCCCAGGAUGGUCAUCCCCUGUCACUCCUUCAAUUCCUUAUCGACCUCGGAAUACUUCACCAUAUGCUCGAGGCCAUUUUAGAUCAAAAUCAAACAGCAGUGCACUUGCCCCUCCAAUGUCGCGAGCACAAUCACUUCCAGGAGUAAAUGGAGCUGGACAUUUGCUCAUGUCUCCUCAAAGACCUGCGAGUCCUUUGGGCUCACCAGCUCGAGUUCGCAUACCUAGAAAACCAGCAGAUGAAGUGUUUCCAGGAUUUCCGAAUCGUGCUUUGAUUGACAUCAGUGAGGGUGGCCAGUUACCUACAGAGGAGGAUACUUCAAAAAUAUCGGAUCGGAGUGCCUCACCAAUCUUAGGUAUACCUUCCACCGGUAGUUAUACACGAGUACGAAGACCAGCUUCCCCUUUACGACAUCUUGGCCCAACAAGUCCUUUGACUGGUGGCACAACACCCACGACACCAUCCUCCUCGACUUCAUCCCCUUCAUACUACACAACGAAAUUCAGCGAAUCCUACCUCACCUCCAAUAACUCUAGCAGUUCGUUGUAUUAUCCUGGUUCAUACACAUCUUCCUCUGUUCCUUCCACACCUACCUCUACCAGAUCUCGCAGCCCGAGUAUAUCUAGCUUGGAAACAAUACCCGAUACACCAGAUGCAGAAGAAGCUGCCCUAGAAGCGGAGAGGAUUGCUCAGUUGAAAGCUGCCGCAGAUGCCGCAGAUGGAGUCGAAGGUGAAGAUGCCAAAUCAAGAGGACUUGACACUACUGGAGGCCGUGGUAGAGUUCUAGGAGGAUUUGGUUCACGAGAUAAGAGAAAACGCUGGAGUGUGUGCGGUGCGGAAAGAAGAGGUGAUUUGAAUCUAGAUACCAUUUGGGAGGAUUGA